AUGCAUCCUUUUAGGUAGCUUGUGAAAUUUGGAAGAUGCAGAAAGCAAUGCAAAAAAUGUUGGUCUGUAUUUAAAUAUGAUAAAGCCCGAUUUUUUAAAAUAUAAGUAAAAAUAUAACUUUAAUGGCAUUAUUUUAAAAUAAUCAUAUCACUUUUCAUCAGAAGAAUCUAUUUUUUUAAUUUAUUUUUUAAUUUCUUAUUAAUCAGUAUUUUACUACCAACUUACUCAACAUAUGUAAAGUUUUUGAUAAAAAAAGUAUAAAAAAAGAUAUCAUAAUAAUAAUAAUUGAAAAGAGCAUUUUAGAAGAUUAGAAUUGAGUUUCUAGUAAAUAAAUAAAUAAAUUUAUAUCAAAUUGUAAGAAAAUUAUAUAUUUUCAAUUAAUUUUGUUAUAUAUUUUUGUGUGUUUGA